UCCCCCGAUAGCAAAUCACCGAAUAUUAAUUCAGCAGCUGGGAAAGAGCGAGAGCGAGCGAGCGAGCGCAAUGUAUCAUCCUACUGGCGGGACCUGGUAACAGGAGGGAGGGGGGCCUCGCCAUCACCCCCACCCCUACAGAUCACUAAAUAAAGAAGGGGACGGAUCCGUCGGCAACCGAGAGGAAAAAGGGGGCGGGAAAGUGUGUGGGGUUGAGGGGGGGAGAGGGAGAGAGAGAGAGAGAAGGGGAGAGAGAGAAAGAGGGAGAGGAUGAGUCCUCGAAAUCCGCCCAGCCAAGGCAGCCUUUCAGUGCUGGAUGCAGCGUCUCCUCUCAAAAUGAUGGUGCGGGCGCUGCUCCUCUUUUCGCUCAUCCAGGGUUCUAGCCAAAAGAGUGAUGACGAUUAUGAAGAUUAUACAACCAACAAAACCUGGGUUUUGACUCCCAAAGUUCAUGAAAGUGAUGUUACCCUUAUUUUAAAUGGCCUGCUGGAGGGAUAUGAUAACAAACUAAGGCCAGAUAUAGGAGUGCAGCCAACGGUAAUUCAUACUGAUAUGUAUAUCAAUAGCAUUGGCCCAGUGAAUGCCAUCAAUAUGGAAUAUACAAUAGACAUUUUUUUUGCUCAAACCUGGUACGACAGACGGCUAAGAUUUAAUAGCACCAUUAAAGUGCUGAGGUUGAACAGCAACAUGGUGGGGAAGAUCUGGAUCCCUGACACAUUCUUCCGAAACUCAAAAAAGGCUGAUGCUCAUUGGAUAACAACUCCCAAUCGGAUGCUCCGGAUCUGGAAUGAUGGCAGAGUACUAUAUACACUGAGAUUGACGAUAGAUGCUGAGUGUCAGUUACAGCUGCACAACUUUCCAAUGGAUGAACAUUCUUGUCCACUGGCAUUUUCAAGCUAUGGCUACCCAAAGGAAGAGAUUAUCUACAUGUGGAAGCGCAGCUCAGUAGAAGUAGGAGACACUAGAUCCUGGAGGCUGUAUCAGUUUUCAUUUAUUGGGCUCAGAAAUACAACUGAAGUCGUGCCAACAACUUCAGGAGAUUAUGUGGUCAUGGCAGUCUACUUUGAUCUAAGCAGAAGGAUGGGCUACUUCACCAUUCAGACUUACAUCCCUUGCACACUCAUUGUAGUGCUAUCUUGGGUCUCUUUCUGGAUUAAUAAGGAUGCCGUCCCAGCCAGAACAUCUUUGGGUAUCACAACUGUCCUGACAAUGACCACCCUCAGCACGAUCGCUCGCAAAUCCCUCCCCAAGGUCUCUUAUGUGACAGCAAUGGAUCUUUUUGUAUCAGUUUGCUUUAUUUUUGUUUUUUCUGCCCUGGUGGAGUAUGGGACUCUUCACUAUUUUGUCAGUAACAGAAAGCCAAGCAAGGAUAAAGACAAAAAGAAGAAAAACCCUCUUCUUCGGAUGUUUUCAUUCAAGGCACCUACAAUCGAUAUCCGCCCCAGGUCAGCUACUAUCCAAAUGAACAAUGCCACACACCUCCAAGAACGGGACGAAGAAUAUGGAUAUGAAUGUCUCGAUGGCAAGGACUGCGCAAGUUUCUUCUGCUGCUUUGAGGAUUGCCGAACGGGAGCCUGGCGGCAUGGAAGAAUACACAUCCGCAUUGCCAAAAUGGACUCAUACGCCCGUAUAUUUUUCCCAACUGCAUUCUGUUUGUUUAAUCUGGUCUACUGGGUGUCCUACCUUUACCUUUAAACAAGUAGAAAAGAAAUUGGGUGAGAAGAGCCUUACUCCUGGAAUUUAUUAGAGAGAUGGGUAACCUGUAUAAAUCCAAGCUGACGCCCCGCUCCAAUGGCUGUAGUGCACUUGAGAGGAAUUUUUAACAUACUCGUGGGCUUUCCUGCAAGAAGAAGCAUCCCAUUCUCUUCAGUGCCUGGGAAUACUCUACGCACGCUCCUUUAUGCACACAGAGCAUUCCCUGACAUGUGCAGGAGAUGGAUCAGCCCUGCGUCACUUAGGAAUCCAUUGCACAUCAUGGAACUCUGAACUUCUAAAGUGGUCUGAAUUCUUUAGUGCCAUAGCCCAGUAAAUAUCAUAUCAUAUAUAUUGUCUAAGGCUACCAUGAAAUUGUUGUAGUUUGAAUGCUAUCAGUCAACGUUUUAAGAAAUUCGAUAAGCAAAAAAAGAAACAAGUAUUACAUACGAUACCAAUGAAUCUGAGAGGCACCGUAGCGAGAGGACCCACAGACCAUUAGAUUUUGGGCAUUAUGCAGUGGCAGCAGUUCAAAGGUAAAAAUACCAUUCAGUUUGUGAGCAUUCACUAUAAAUAUGUGAUAUCUUUGUCCUCUGUGGGCUUUUCCUUUUGGAAGAGUCAUCUCUCACUUCAGAUCGAUGUAACUAGUCUAGGGGAAAAUGGCUUUUCUUUACAUCCAAAUAAAAAUAGAACUUUUGGGUGACCUCCCUAAAAGCACAUGUACAAAUGUUGUAAAUAUUUCACUACCUUGUAGUACUUGGGUCUAGUGCAUGGAGAAUUAUUAUUUUUUUUGGGGGGG